GAGGAGACAGACAGACGGGCAGAGGUUCGGAUGGAGGAAACCUGCGGACACUGACUGACUCCGGCAGCUCCUCCAGACACUCAGAGCUGCAGGAGGUGAAGCCUGGGUCAAAGUUUCCACCAGAGGAGGAAGAAGUGGAGAAGUGUUUUCUGCAGUUUUGUCUCUCUGAGAGGAGAAAGUGGAAAGUUCUCCGCAUCAUGGGGUGAGUCUGCGGCGGGAGGAGGACGCUGACCCGGGGAUGAAAGAGCAUCGUGACCAAACGCACAGGUAACCAUGGUGAAGGAGAGUCUGCCCAGCUGGGUCCACCAGGACUCUGACGAGGGUCUGGUCCACGUGAACGUCGGAGGUCUGAAGCGGAGCCUCUGUUCCAGCACGUUGAAGAAGUUUCCAGAUACCAGGCUGGGAAAACUGCUGGCGUGUGACUCGGAGGAAGAUAUCCUGCAGGUGUGUGACGACUAUGACGUGCAGCAGCAGGAGUUUUAUUUUGACAGGAAUCCUGGCCUGUUUCCUUACGUCCUCCACUUUUACCAGACCGGCAAACUUCACAUCAUGGAGGAGCUGUGUGUCUUCUCCUUCAGUCAGGAGAUCGAGUACUGGGGCAUCAACGAGUUCUUCCUGGACAGCUGCUGCAGUUAUCGAUACCACGACCGAAAGCUGGAGAGCAGCCGGCAUCGCAGCUGGGACGACGAGAGCGACGUCAGCAGCAUCGACACGUCCGUGGACGAGAUAUCGGACUUAAACAGAGACAUGCAGCAUUUCCAGAGGGUGCGUUACGGGAACGUCAGGAAGUGUCUGUGGCUGACGCUGGAGAAUCCAGGGUACUCCAUCCCCAGCAAGCUCUUCAGUCUGGUCUCCAUCGGGGUGGUGCUCACAUCCAUUGCCACCAUGUGCAUCAACAGCAUCCCGGAGUAUCAGACGUUCGACGGUGAAGGGAAGUUGAUCGAGGAUCCGACCAUGCAAGCUCUGGAGGUGUUCUGCAUUUGCUGGUUCACCUUCGAGGUGGUGACGCGGCUGCUGCUCGCCCCGAACAGGAAGAAGUUCUUCCAUCACCCUCUGAACAUCAUCGACAUGGUCUCCGUGGCUCCCAUCUACAUCACCCUUGCCUUUGACUUGACCGUGGGAUCAGAGUCUGAACUUGGAGACCUGGGGCGACUCAUACAGGUGUUCAGGUUAAUGAGGAUCUUCAGAGUUUUGAAGCUGGCCCGACACUCGACAGGACUGCGGUCACUGGGAGCAACACUUCGGCACAGUUACCGUGAGGUCGGCAUCCUGCUGCUGUACCUGGCUGUCGGAGUGUCCGUCUUCUCCGGUAUCGCUUACACGGCUGAAUAUGAGGAGGACGUAGGUCUGGACACCAUCCCGGCCUGCUGGUGGUGGGGGACGGUGAGCAUGACCACGGUGGGCUACGGGGACGUGGUGCCCGUCACGGUGGCCGGAAAGCUGGCCGCCAGCGGCUGCAUUCUGGGCGGCACCCUGGUGGUGGCGCUGCCCAUCACCAUCAUCUUCAACAAGUUCUCCCACUUCUACCGACGACAGAAAGCUCUGGAGGCGUCGGUGAGGAACAACAACCGCAGGAGGAUGAGGAUGAGCGCCGAGAAGGAGCCGGAGGAAGAGGACGAGGAGGACGGGUCGGACGGGGACAGCAUAUGUUUGGACGAUGAUGACAUCGAUGAUAUCGAGGAGGACGAUGUAGAUAAUACGGACGAAGGAGGGGUGAUCAACUACAGCUACGUGGAACAUCCGUCGUACACGUCAAUGCUGAGGAGGAAGGAGCUGCAUCAGCUGUGAGGACGAGCUCAGAGACGACAGGUCUGAUGUUUUCCUGUCAGACUCGGACAAUAACUGAAUUUCAAAUGUACGAACUGCCAUGAAUGAGUCCAUGAAAACCAACAAAGACAAAAACUCACGAGGGUUCAAAAAACUGAAAGUUCGAGGAGCUGGACAGAGAACGGAGGAGGUGAACCGUCACUUCAGGUCUUCCAUGAUGGACUGUGCUGCCAUGACGUGCUGCAGGUUGGUCGUCGCUGCAUGUGGGACGGUUCAUACUGACACUAGGUGUGUUUCUGUAUUUAAAAAACGUGAAUGUGAAAAAUCACUGAAAGAAAAAAGACUGAAGUGAAACAGCAUGCAGACACAUGAAGCUAGAGGAAUAAAGAAUAUCAUGCAAAACUGUGAAAGCUACUUUUGUGGAAGACGUAGAAAGAAUCCAUAUUUAAAGAACGACAGCACGAAAUUUAUGAAUGGAAACAUUUCUGCAGCGAUCU